AAAAAAGGAAAAGUGAAAUCGAAAUCCCGCUAACUUUUGGUUACUCCCUCUUCUUCUCCCAAAUCCCCCAAAUAAAAUUCAGCUACGCUAAUAACAAAAAAAAAAAAAAAAAAAGAAAAGAAACUGAAAAAGGCACAAAGGGUUUUUGGAAGCAAAGCAGAGCGAAGAAAACCCUUCACUGUUAUUCACUGUUAUUCACUGUUUUCGCCAAUGAAGUUCCUCUUUUGAUUCAUUUCCGGUCCCAACAGGACUAUGCUUCGUUCACUGGGUCGCCACCAGUUUUCGGAUUUAACUGGAACAAAAGCCAAAUGAAACUAUGCUGACAAUGUUUCUGAGUACAACACUGUCCUCGUUUCUCUCAAUGCCAAACGAAGAGUGAAGAGGCACAAAACUGUGGUGCUAUAUGCAACGGCAAGAGUUGAGCGAUGUUGGUGUUUCUAGGCUUGGCCAGGUGUUACAGCUGGUAAGGCUGCUGGAAUGGAAGUGGUUGCUGUGCCAUCUGUUCCAAAACAAGUGCAUCUUUACGCCUCUGCGGAUGAAGUGAUAAACUCUCUUCUUGAUUUGCAACCUGAAAAGUAGGGCCUCCCUCUAUUUCAAGAUUGUAAAUCUUUUGACACCUACAUCUUUGUAUUACAUCAUGGAUGUUGCAUUUGCUACCUUUCUCAAUCAUCAAUCUGCAAUCGCAGCAAUGCAUGCAUUAAAUGGGGUAAAGUUUGAUCCUCAAGCGGGAUCUGUUUUGCACAUUGAACUAGCCAGAUCAAACUCAAGGAGAAAACGUAAACCAGGUAGUGGUCCAUAUGUUGUUAUUGAUAAUAGAAUCAAGGCCUCAGCUAAUACCCAGGAAACAUCAAGUGAUGAUGGCGCACCUUGCAUCACAGAUUGUGUGAUGGCUGAGCUUGAAAAAUUGGGCCAAAAGUACCGUGUAGCUUUGAGGAAAAACCAACUACACUAGAUUGCGGUCUAAGAACAAUUUGCAGAAGGCACAUAAUGACUGGCUCCUACCUUUACGAAUGCUUGUGGGAGGCAUUGCAGUAGCGAAUAAGAAUGGGAUUGAUCAACAUGCAGUUGACACUGUAUGUGCUCUGAAUCCAAAUUCAGGUGUGAGUUUCAGAUAUUUUAUGUGCAAAAAAGUAUUAGAGUGUUUUAUGUUUGUAUGUUAGUUAAGCAGAUUAUAGAUAGAACUUGCAGUAGGAUCAACUAAUUAGUUGAUCAAAAACUACACCCAGUUUUGUAAUCGUCUAUUUGCAUAUUUGCAUAUACUUAAUAAUAAUUUCGUGUCAACUAAUUAUUUUUUUUUAA